CCGCGGCUGCCACGAUGGAGGCCAUCAAGAAGAAGAUGCAGAUGCUGAAGCUGGACAAGGAGAACGCCAUUGACCGGGCCGAGCAGGCCGAGGCCGACAAGAAGGCCGCAGAGGACAAGUGCAAGCAGGUGGAAGAUGAGCUGGUGGCUCUGCAGAAGAAGCUGAAAGGCACGGAGGACGAGCUGGACAAGUACUCGGAAGCCCUGAAAGAUGCCCAGGAGAAACUGGAGCAGGCGGAAAUAAAGGCGACGGACGCCGAAGGGGAGGUGGCGGCGCUGAACCGGCGCAUCCAGCUGGUGGAGGAGGAGCUGGACCGCGCGCAGGAGCGCCUCGCCACCGCCCUGCAGAAGCUCGAGGAGGCCGAGAAGGCGGCGGACGAGAGCGAGAGGGGCAUGAAGGUGAUCGAGAACCGCGCCAUGAAGGACGAGGAGAAGAUGGAGAUCCAGGAGAUGCAGCUCAAGGAGGCCAAACACAUCGCCGAGGAGGCCGACCGCAAAUACGAGGAGGUUGCCCGCAAGCUGGUCAUUCUGGAGGGCGAGCUGGAGAGGGCAGAAGAGCGAGCGGAAGUCUCCGAGGCGAAAUGCAGCGACCUGGAAGAAGAGCUGAAGAACGUCACCAAUAACCUGAAGUCUCUGGAAGCUCAAUCUGAGAAGUACUCCGAAAAAGAGGACAAGUAUGAGGAGGAAAUCAAACUUCUCACUGACAAACUGAAGGAGGCUGAAACCCGGGCCGAGUUUGCAGAAAGAACUGUUGCAAAACUGGAAAAGACGAUCGACGAUCUAGAAGAAAAAGUUGCCCAAGCAAAAGAAGAGAACCUGAGCUUGCAUCGAACAUUGGAGCAAACCUUAAGUGAGCUUGGCAGCAUAUAAACGGGCAGGGAGGCCUCCGGCCUUCUGAGAACCUGCCAAGAUGUGCUUGGAACGGCUGCUUCCUCUUUGGUCCUGCCUCUCUCUUUCUCUCUCCCCUCAAAUCAUGCAAAGAGCAAAUAAGGGGCCAGAUAUUUUUCUCGUGUUCUUUCCUCCUCCUUAAGAAUGUUGUCCUGGGCACAAAUUUAAUGGUGCUUCUUCCUAUCACUUCAGAUAGUACAGCUUGUUUUGAAAACUAGGAAGCUGUCUCUCUGGGUGUGUAUCGAUGGGGAUCCCAUAGAUGCUAUGCGAAGGGGGCUUGCUCUUGGCGUUUAAGGCAGGAUUCUGUACUGAAUGGAAGGGGUUUUUUAAAGUUUCCUGUGGUGCUCAUGCAUAAUAUAAGAACAUAAGAGAAGCCCUGUUGGAUCAGGCCAGUGGUUCAUCCAGUCCAACACUCUUGUGUCACACAGUGGCCAAAAAAAUUAUAUAUAUUUUGGGGGAAAUGGCUUUAUUAACCAAAAUAUAUAGGACCUUCAAGGUUAACAACACGUCAGCAUAUACACACACACACACAUAUAUACACACUGUGGCUAAUAGCCACUGAUAGACCUCUGCUCCAUAUUUUUAUCUAAGAUAUACCUGUGAUGUUUUGGGUUGUUCCCUCGUUUCACGUCCUCCGUAGAAACAACUGUUUAAGGGAUGGGAUGCAUUAUCUACUUGGUAGCCAGCCUUGUUUAAAAAGUGUAUUUUGUGGUGAGGGAUGCAACAAAAAUUAGGACGCUUUGUGUUUUGUGUCUUCAGACCAGAUGGUCACUUCCCUGUUUACAGAAAUAUGCCAAAGUUCAUGUCGUGAAAGAUUUAACAAAUGAACCAGGUCAUCGGUGUUUUCCAGUUUCUUUCAGGGGCAUCUUGCAGUCUGAUGGGAAACAGCUUUUUCAUUAACCUGUAUUUAUUCAAUUUUUGCAAAACAGUGGGGAAAGUGAACAAAAUGAAAUUGAGCCCUUUUUAAUGCAUUUGGUUCCCUGGCUGUAACCUCUUUACUUUUGGUCUAAUAAAUUUUUUAUAGAC